AUGACCAGCAUUACACAUGAUGCUGCCUUGACGCAGAGUGGUCUGUCAAAGAACAGACUAACACAUAGGACACAGUUAUCUUCAGAUAGAGUGGACAAGAAGUAUAAUGAUAUAAUUGAUAUGAUAUUAUCACCUCAAAUGGAGUUGAUGAAUGUAUUAUGUUCGAUCAAUCUAGUCGUUAAGGAGUCAUCACGUGAGUUCAAUAGUACGGCCAACUUGUCAGAUGUACUGGUCAACUUUUGGGAGAUACAUUCAUCGCAGCGCUCAAUACAUCUGGUCAAGUGGGCGAUUGACAAGGAGGUCGAGAGCACGUCCAACUCGGCCACACUCUUCCGUGGCCUGUCCACCGCCACCCGUCUCAUCUCUUCGUGCUACAAGCGCAUGGGCGACACCUAUCUCAAGUACCUGUUGCAGCCCUUUGUGCUGGACCUGUGUUCGCGUAACUUCUCAUUCGAAAUCGACCCGGACAAGGCUGGCAAGGGCAUGGACGUCAAGUCCAACCUCGAGCGUCUGAUCACCAUCACACAACAGCUACUCGAUAAGAUCCUGGACUCGGCAUCAGUAUGUCCAGCCUCAAUCAAGACCAUCAUGGGUCACAUUCAACAACGCGUCGAGAAGAAGUUCCCCGAGAUGAAGACCACCGUCAUUGGUGGAUUCAUGUUCCUUCGUUUCAUUUGUCCAGCUAUUGUAGCUCCCGAAGUGUUUGGAUUGAUACAGAACACUCCAACAGUUGAAUCUAGACGUGGAUUGGUGUUGGUAUCCAAGUUGCUACAGAACUUGGCGAAUGAGAUGCCAUUUGGAGGCAUCAAGGAGGAGUACAUGAUCUAUCUCAACGAGUUCAUAUCGAGUAACUCUGCAAAGAUCAAUGUAUACUUUAAUGAAUUGGCCUAUGAGAACAACGCCAACAAUACAUUCAACAUUGCCAAUGGUAAUAGCAACACCAAUGGCAACACCAAUGGCACAGCGACAACAACAACCACUCAACAUACAGCCACAUUGAAUGGAGCCAAUAGGUACAGGUCGCGGUCAGAGUCGCCGCCAUUGAAGCCAGUGGGUUCGACACAGAAGCUGAUCAACGUCAACAAUCUGACGCACCAACAGCCAGAGUACUACGCCGAUGAGCAAAUUCUCGAGAAUCUGACCGCGCUCAUUGGCAACCUCUUUGAAUACAGGGAGAAGAUCGAGUCGACCUUGGCGGAUGUGCACGGCCCAGACAUGGCCAAGCGCUUCGACGCCGCACUCACACCUCUGCACAAGCUGCACCAGAAGGCACAGCUGUCGCUCAACUCUAGCAACAAGGUCAGCAAGAAGAAGUCACCCAUCUCCACGUUAGCCAACGGUUCUCUGCACAAGAAGAAGUCGGGCAACAAGGAUGUCGCACCCAUCUCGAUCGUGCCUCAGUCCGAGGUCGAGGAGGAGCUGACCAACCAACUGAAUCGCUCACUCUACGAUAUUGUCAAUCACUACCGUCAUCAGCUCGACCUCAAGGAUCUGGAGCUGCGCGCGCAACAGGACGAGAUGGACGUAGUGAUGAAGGAGCUGGAGGAGUCCAAGUCACGCUCCAACAUACUCAAGAAGCUGCGCGAAGAGUUUGACAGCGAGCGCAAACGACGCAAGGAGGCAGAGUCACAGCUCAAGAAGGCGCUGGAGAAGCUCAAGUCGCUCGGACAGGAGGUCACCACCGAUCUGGUGAUGCUCCCCGACGAGGAGUCCUACUCGGACCUGUCCAACAUCCCACAGGAGGAGGAGACGACCAAGAGGAGGCCCAAGCCUCCAUCAUUCGUCAGGAAGUCCGAGUCAACGACAUCUCUGUGCUCACUUGGACCAACCUCGCCCACCAACACCUCGGCGCACUACUCCAACAUCCACAACGACACCAUCUCACUGGGCAGCGCCAAUGGUGGAGCCAGCGGAAUCGAUACAGACAAUCAAAAGUCGGUGCGUCCAUGUGUCUCACGCUCAGACUCGGCUUCUGAGCUUAGCUCAGAGUCGGUGAUGUUUGACAACGAGACCGAGGACCGCAUCAUCCAAGCAUGUGUCGAUGGCGAAGUCGAGGAGGACGACAAUGGAAUGGACCUGCUCGAGUUCCUCAAGGAGUAUGGCGAGAGAGUAGAGGCGGCCAACAAACAGAGCGUCGCUGCACAGAAAGAAGAGAAGGAGGAGCGCAGAAAGAGGACAUCAGGACUCUUCAGACACAUGCCAUCACUCAAGAUUGGUGGAAAGAAGAAGAGCAAUUCCAAUGCCAACCUAGUCUCAGCAACAACUCCACCCAAGUAUCCACAAAAUUCAAGCAGUAGCAGCAGCAGUGAUUGA